AAAAUGCAAGGGUCUCCUUGGAGAAUCUCAGCUGCUCACAACCGAUACGAGAGCUUUGAAUCAUAUCUUAACCCAUUCAAUGGACUAUUACAAACCAUCACAGUCCCGGUACUUCUUGUCAAGACUAUUAGGAAAUGGUAUUCUUGUAAUGGAAGGGGAGAAACACAGGCAACAAAGACGAAUCAAGAACCCUGCCUUCUCUCCCGCGCCGAUCAAAGAUCUCGUACCACUCUUUUUCCAAAAGGCUCUUGAGCUACGCGAUAUCUGGCUAUCUCAAAUCGCGGCGAAAGGUAUCGAAGGCUCACUGAAAAUUGAGGUACUUUCAUGGGUGAGCCGUGCAACACUCGAUAUCAUUGGACUUGCAGGCUUCCAUUAUCGGUUCGACUCGCUGAACGAACGUCAAGAACCGGAUGCGCUGAAUAAGGCGUUUGAAGUCCUUUUGCGUGGAGACGACGAUUCAAGAUUCCUCCGUAUUUUGCAAGCGUCCAUACCAAUCAUUCGGUCCAUUCCGAAUAGACGGGUUACUCAGGUCCGCGAGGCUCACAACACGAUGCAUUGGAUUGGCGAAAGACUACUCAAAGAUCGUCAAGCGGGCGGUACUCUUGAGAAAGGAAGAGAUUUGCUCAGUGUCCUCCUUCGCGCAAACAUGGAUACAGAGCUUCCGGAUUCCCAAAGAAUGACCGAUGAGGAUGUUCUUGCCCAGGUUCCGACUUUCCUAGUAGCAGGCCACGAAACGACCAGCAACGCACUCGCAUUUGCACUCUUCUCUGUUGCUCAGCGUCCCGACUUGCAAUCUCGACUUCGGAGCGAAGUACGUGGCAUUCCCACGGACUCGCCAUCCGCGGACGACCUCAGUUCCGAAAAACUGCCAUUCCUCGAGGCUGUCGUACGCGAAACUCUCCGUGUGCAUGCUACCGUGUCGAGUAUCGUCCGUGUGGCGAUGAAGGACGACGUCAUACCCUUUUCAGAACCUUUUGCUGAUCUGAAGGGACGUGUAUGUAAAGAAAUACGGAUCCGGAAGGGUGACCGUAUCGUCCUUCCCGUCCUUGCCCUCAACCGAGAUAAGUCUAUCUGGGGAGAAGACGCGGAUGAAUUCAAUCCGGACCGCUGGACGAACCCACCCCAAGCAGCUCGGAACGUUCCAGGUGUAUGGGGCGAUCUCUUAACCUUCGGUGGAGGUUCACACAGUUGUAUUGGAUAUCGUUUUGCAGUUUAUGAGAUGAAAGCCAUCUUAUACACACUCAUCCGCAGAUUCGAGUUUUCUCUUGCUGUACCGGCUGAGUCUAUCGAGCUCCGCUCGCUAGCAAUCACACGACCGUUCGUGCAUGGGGAGAAGGGAGCGCAGAUGCCGUUAAUGGUCAAAGUUUGUGAUAGUUGA